ACGCGUAUCAUUCUGGCAGAAUCGAGUGCGCAUACGCGACAGUGCUUUUGCGUUUCAGUAGUGGCAGCGUGACAUAACCUAGCGACUCUCGCGUUAGUCAUCAAUGGUGAUCGGUUGCGUUUACGUGGUACUACAAGCGGACGAUAAGUGCGCGAAAUUAGUCUCGUACGCAAAACGCAGGUAGAAUCUGCGAUCUCCGGCGUGAGUCCACCGCGUGUUUAUCGUAAUGGCUAAGCGUGGUACGGCGAACAUCGUGCAUGUUUGUCAUCGUCCGGCCGCACAGUUUCUCUAGUUCCGCGGGCCCAGAGUCGUGGGUGAAAAAAAUCCAACGUAGUUGCUGCGUCGGGCGCACCGGACGUUCGGAUUGCGAGCGCGAGCGAGGGAGUGUCGUUGCCGUCGGUGCCGUGGGUAUCGUUGGAGUAUAUUUACCACGGUGCGCACUUCUCGGACGUGUGAUCGAGCGUGAGAGGGGGGGGAGAGAGAGACAAGACCGACAGAGAGCGAGCGUGCAGAGGAUCGCGCGAGCGUCGAAAGUAACGAGUCAUCUACCGAUUCAAGAUGGCAGAAGGCCAGGAGGGUGGUCCGAAGAAGAUCACCAUCAACGUGAAAACGCCGAAGGAGAAGCAGAGCGUGGAGAUCGAGGAAAAUGCGACGAUAAAGGAAUUUAAGGAGGCGGUUGCGAAGAAGUUCAAUGCACAAGCCGAUCAGUUGUGCUUGAUUUUUGCCGGUAAGAUCAUGAAGGACCACGAGACGCUCAGUACACACAAUAUCAAGGACGGCCUGGCGGUGCACUUGGUGAUCAAGGCACCGCGCGCUUCAUCGACGCAGAAUCAAGAAUCUAACCAGACCACGACAAGACCACGGGCUGAUAUAAGCGCCAGUCCAUUUGGUUUAGGCAGUUUAGGUGGACUGAUGGGAUUAGAAUCCCUUGGCUUAGGCUCUGCCAAUUUUAUAGACUUGCAGCAACGCAUGCAGCAGGAAUUAUUAUCAAAUCCAGAAGCGAUGCGUCAAGUGCUGGACAAUCCGCUGGUACAAAGUCUGAUGAAUAAUCCAGAAAAUAUGCGCAAUCUUGUCACCGCCAAUCCCCAAAUGCAAGAGCUGAUGCAACGUAAUCCAGAAAUCAGUCAUAUGCUGAAUAACCCUGAACUUUUACGGCAAACGAUGGAGCUGGCGCGUAAUCCAUCGAUGCUGCAGGAACUGAUGCGUUCGCACGAUCGUGCACUAUCUAAUUUAGAAAGCAUACCUGGCGGCUACAGUGCCCUGCGUCGCAUGUAUCGCGACAUUCAAGAACCGAUGUUGGCAGCAGCGACGAACGAGCGUAAUCCCUUUGCCGCUCUGGUGGAGAAUAGUAAUUCCUCCAAUCAGGACUUGCAGAAUCCGCAGCAGGGUCAGGAGAAUCGGGAUCCGCUGCCGAAUCCGUGGGGUCAGGGCCAGAACGAUAGCAACACGGGACAGCAGCAGGGUCAAGGUAGAGGUCUGCUGGAUUCGCCAGGUAUGCAGAGUCUCACGGCACAAAUGAUGGAAAAUCCGCAGCUGAUGCGAAACAUGCUGAACGCCCCGUACACGAGAUCCAUGCUGGAGGCGAUGGCGGCCGAUCCAUCUAUGGCCAAUCGUGUGAUCGCCGCGAAUCCAUUUCUUCGUAGUAAUCCGCAGAUGCAGGAACAGAUGCGUGCUAUGAUGCCUGCCUUUAUACAGCAAAUGCAGAAUCCGCAGAUACAGAGCGUCGUCACUAAUCCGGACGCUCUGGCCGCCAUCAUGCAGAUUCAGCAGGGUAUGGAGCAACUGCGAACCGUCGCACCCGAACUCGUGGAAAACAUGGGGCUUACAGUUCCACCCGCGCCCGCAACACCGAACACAGGCGGCACGAAUCCCAGUGUACCGACUAGCCAACCAUCGGACAGCAACCAGCAGGACGCGUUUUCUCAAUUCAUGGCACGUAUGGUUUCUGCAAUGGCAUUAAACCAAGGUGUAGAAAUUGAUGGCCAAUCUGUACCUCCAGAAGAACGUUACAGAGCACAGCUAGAGCAACUUACGGCGAUGGGUUUCCUUAAUAGAGAUGCUAAUUUACAAGCGUUAAUUGCCACAUUCGGAGACAUAAAUGCCGCCGUUGAGAGACUACUCUCUAAUGGACAAGUGUCUAUGAGCUAACCACCAAUCUGCAAUACUGUUAUUCCAAUAUUACCUUUAAUUUUAUCCUUAUUUACCUCUCACACACGUGAGAGAUAUUUGAGGUAACUGGCUGUCGAAAAUUGUAAACUUAUAUCCCCUCGUCCUUCCCCUUUUCCUAUUUCCCUUAUCUUGACGGAAUACACGCUACUCACACGUUCAAUUUGCUCUCGUUUUUCUUAUUUGGAUUCAGAUUCGUCUGUGUUUUAGGCUAUAGGUAGAGAAGCGACGGUAUGAUCAUUACUACUCGUUUCACUCAAUCAGUUGCUCACUUUUCCGUAUCUCUGUUUUUGAUUCUUCGUCUGUGUAUUAUCUUCGAUGUGCUCUAAACUCUAAGUAGCUCCGUUGAUGUCAUUUUUCCAUGUACAUUUCUUUACGGAAGUGUCGAGCAGACUACGAGUAGAUUAUAAUAUGAUCAUAUUCACAAGAGUUCAUUCGCAACGUGUAUCUUUAUGACAUUUCUUAGAAGCAUGAACGGAACCUGCAUGGAAAAUAUAGAUUGCCGCUAUUUAACGAACUCGCUUUCUCGGCUUUGUCGAUCGAUCGAGAGUAUAUUUGCAAUACAGUCAAUCGUCCUUUUGCUUUCGAAUAUAUUGAUAUUUGUAGAUCUCACUUAGGCGUAAUCGCGUUCGGUUGUUGCCGCGCGCAUUUCUUUAUAAACAAUAUACGUUCUAUGUUUCUCAAUUAUCACGUUAUAAAUUUCUAGAUUUAUAUUACAAAACAUAACUAUUUUCAUAGUUAUGUCUUGAUAUAUAAUUAAGAAAUCUACAUAAAACUCAAUUAAUUUCAACAUUCAUAUUUCAUAUUUAUCCUUUUAUUUGAAAUAAAAAAGAUAAUAUAUCGACGUACUGACAUUACUAAUACUGAAGUGUUGUCCUUAGAGACUGCUUCGUCUUAUAAUACAUUCUAUGUAAGCUUUGUAGAUAUAAAUUAAGUGAGUGGUUAUGGUUUUCUUUAAAUCUCAUUUUUUCUUUGGUUGACUUAAUUUUAUUGUAGCAUAAAAACUAAUACAACUAUUUUGAUAUCUUCUCCAAUAUUUUGAUAGUUGUGUCUUAAAAGCUUUUUAUGCUACAAUAAAACUAGGCCAACAAGAGAACAAAUACGAGAUUUAGAAGAAACCUGCUUGUUGGCAGAAAGCUGAAACUAAUAUAAAUAAACUAUACUAUAUUAUUAAUAAAAAAAACCUAAGCUUCUUAAGCUCAGUAUCUAUAAAGCUGGAAUCCAUAAAUAUGGAAAAUGUAUUGCAGAACGAAUUAAAUCAUAGUCUUUAAGUACAAUUCUUCCGUCAGUACUUUAAUAUAUUAUUUAGAUUUCAAAUACAAGAGUAACUGUGAAUGUGUAAAUAAGCUGAAGAUAAAAGUUUUGUGUAGAUUUUUUAAUUUUUUUCUGUAUUAUAAGUAAACAGGAUAUAUGUAUAUGUAAAGAAUGUGUGGCGUGAUAUUCGAGAAACAUUCGAUAUAUAAAAUUGUUCACAGAAGAAGGCACAAGGCAAAGUUCUAAUAUGAUCACGGUUACGUUUACGUGUGACCUCAAAGAAAAAAAAAAGAAAACACCUAAUCGUCGGUUAGCUCUAAGAUAUAAGGAUAAAACGAUGUAUGUUGUAAAUUAUCUUUAUAGAAGGAAAACAGUUAUAAUUUUAAUAUUUUUGAUUGAUGUACGAUUACGAUAAAUAUCCGCAGUAUGCGUAUUAUAUUAUCUUUUAUGUGUAUUCAGUAUACUUCACUGAAGGAGACAUUCUGCUGUAAAAGCGAUUAUAUUACAAAAUAAAGUUGGUUGAUUGAUA